ACCAAAUACAUAUCUAUUUUUCACACGAAAAUAAAAACAACGCUCAAAAUGAUGGAAAUGUUGUUUGGUCGUCAAAAGACUCCGGCUGAAAUGCUGCGGCAACAUCAACGUUCUCUUCAAAAAGCGCAGCGUGAAAUGGAUCGUGAAAAGACAAAACUUGACGCAUCCGAAAAAAAAUUGAUAGCGGAUAUAAAAAAAGCAGCCAAGGCAAACCAAAUGAGCGCAUGUAAAAUUAUGGCUAAAGAUCUUGUUAGAACUCGACGAUACUCUCAAAAGUUUCAAGCAAUGAAAACUCAACUUCAAGCUGUUUCAUUGCGAAUUCAAACUCUAAGAUCUAACCAACAAAUGUCUGAAGCUAUGAAAGGAGCAACAAAGGCUAUGAAAUCUAUGAAUCGACAAAUGAAUCUACCAGCAAUGCAAAAAAUUAUGUCAGAAUUUGAGAAAGAAUCUGAGAUUAUGGAUAUGAAAGAAGAUAUGAUGAAUGAUGUUAUUGAUGACACCAUGGCAGAAGAGAAUGAUGAAGAAGAAAGCGAUGAGAUUGUGAAUCAGGUUCUGGAUGAGAUUGGUAUUAGUUUGGAUCAAUCGCUGGUAGAUACUCCAAAUUCAAUUGAAAGAGUAUCACAAAAAGAAAAAAUUCUACAAGCUGAGGAAAUGGAAUCUAGUAAUGAUGCAGCCUUGCAGGCAAGGCUGGAUAAUUUACGUAGAGAAUAAGGUUUAAUAAUUUAGUAAUUUUCAUAAUUCAUUAUAUAAUAUACUUUGAUAACUCUGAUUUAUUAAGCAAUCACCCUUUACAGCUUAUUUUUAAAAUUUGUAUUUAUUUUCCAAUAAUCUCUAAAUUUACUUUUAUUUGUAAUUAUGUUAAAAAUUUCUAAUUCAUAAGAAAUCAAAUAGAGUUGCAAUAUAAUGAUUUUAAUUUUAAA